AUGAGCUUACAAUGGCGGAAGAUAUACAUAACUAGGACAGAAUUAUCCCUAGCAAAUGUACUACAAGCAGGGCAGGCCUUUAGGUGGAUUUUAGAUGAAAACUCCGGAGAAUAUUUGACCACCAUGAAAAUAGUAAAUAACCCAGAUUACAGCAUUGUCCUAUUGAGACAAACUAACGAUGAAUUUAUCGAGUGUUCGACGUAUGAUAAAAAAUGUGAUUUGAAUGAUUUGGUGUGUCAUUUUAAGUUAUAUUUUAGAAGUGAAGUGAAAGUAGAAACAAUGCAUGCAAACGACUGGUUACCUCGUGAUCCAAAAUUCAAAGGUAUCGAAACUCAGGGUAUUAGAAUUCUCGGACAAGAACCUUGGGAAACUUUGGUAUCCUUUAUCUGUUCCACAAACAACAACAUAUCUCGGAUCACUAAGAUGUGUCAUGCACUCUGUACAAAUUAUGGUAAGAAGAUCGGUACUUUCAAUUCUACUGAUUUUUAUUCCUUCCCAUCUAGUAACGAGAUAAUGCUAAAUGCAACAGAAGCUGAUUUAAGAGAUUUAGGGUUCGGUUAUAGAGCUAAAUAUAUAAUCGAAACAGCUCAGAAAUUAGUUAAAAAUAAGAAGGAAAAUAAUACAUUAUCCGAUACAGAUUUUUUAAACAUGAUCUCUGAAUCAAAUGAUUAUAAUGAACUUAGAGAGCAUUUGAUGAGUUAUUCUGGCAUUGGUCCUAAAGUAGCAGAUUGUAUCUGCCUUAUGGGGAUGAGAAAGGACCACGUAGUUCCAGUGGAUGUGCAUGUGGAGCGUAUCGCCCAUAGAGACUAUAAGAUCAAAGCCAGCAAUAAAGAUAUUGUACAGUUACGAGAAUUAUACAAGCCACUUCCAAUUACUCGUAAGAAGGUUAACUUUCAAUUAGAUUUUAUUAGAACAAGUCUGAAUGAGAAAUGGGGACCGUUUGCUGGUUGGGCUCAAGGUAUCCUUUUCUUUAGAGAAGUUGGAGGCACUGCAGGUGCAAACACAGAGGGUAAAAUUAAAAAACGUAAGAAUGAAAAUAGUAACACUACAGACGAAGAUAUUAAACAGGAACAAUCAAGUGAUAUCUCAAAUAGUAAAAGAUCCAGGAUAAAAUCAGAACAAUUAAAUUAA